AUGGACCUGGAGAAGUUCUACCGAGAAGAUCAUGCCUUCUACCAGGCCAUAAUUGGCGAUUUCAACGCCAAAAGAGAGAGAAAUCCCAGGACUACCAUCAACUGGGAUCUCUUCGCUACGCUAGCCGGCUUUUGGGAAGAUUCCGCAGUGGACAACAUCGACGAGGAAUAUGACCGGCUCGUUGAACACCUUCACGACUGCGCGAAGAAGGCUGGGAGUUUUAAAACCACCAAGAGACGCUUUUCUCUUGAAACUCUUCAGCUGAUACGCCAGCGUGGAGCAGCACGAGCCGCAGGGAACCAAGAACUCACGUCCGAGCUCGCAAGGCUUUGCAGAGAGGCGAUAAAGGAAGACCUUAAAGAGAGAAGAGCAGAAGUGCUGGCUGAAGCUGCAGAGGCGAGAAAAAGCAUUCGCUAUGCCCGUCGAGACUUCGCCAGUCGCAAGACGAAGAUGACUGUUCUCUGGAACCCGAAGGGAACAACUAUUGCAUCGAGAAGAAGGAUGGAGAAAAUCAUCCACGACUUCUAUUCUGAUCUCUCCGACAGCCAUGUCCACUUGCCUCCUUACCAUCUGAGUGAAGAUGGACAUAUCACUCCAGAGGUUCUCCCGUCCGAAAUACGACAUGCUAUCAUGUCGGUAAGAAAUCGUACGGCACCUGGUCCCAACGGAAUAAGAACACAUGAAGAACACAUGAAUAACCUUCCGCCAAUACUCAUCAACACCCUGGCGAGGCUCUUUACACGGUAUCUGUCGGAAUGCAAGGUGCCUAAACAGUGGUAG